AUGCCUGGGUACUCUCUCAUUACCGAUGGACGCCACGGCUCGGCAAUCCGCUCACUCACCCCGCUAAAGAACCGUGUCCGUGCUCGGCCAAACGGUGCUGCUUCACUCCUGACCCCAUCCGGAGGCAGGUCCACCAGCUAUUGCGAACGGAGGAGCCCGGGGAUGUCCAAGCCAAGCCUUCACGAGUCCAUCCUCCGCGAUUCGUUGGCAGAAGAGCUGGGCCUCACUGCCUCGAUGCGCGUGCUGCCCGAAAGGAGUACCAGGACCAACUUAUUUCAGGCCUUGGACAGUCAAAUGCAAGAGAUCAAUGCGCAGCUGACGGUACACCCUGACAUAGAGGUACCCAAGUACACAAGAAAGGACUUUUACGGCGCGGAUGUGCCGAGAGAUGUCGCCCCCUCUUACUCUGGUGCCGUCACAACCACAGAGCCCGGCUAUCGCCGCUCACCUGUCUCUCUGUCUGGGGAGUACCGUCCUACGAGAAGCUACGUGGAUAAUAGCCACUCUGGUCUGAGUGGUAAGCCGUUCCCGGAGCUCCUGCAAUUCAACCAGGGGGAUAUCAGUGACUACAAUCCCAUGGGUGUCUAUAGCUCUUGUAGCGUUAUUAAGAACCGGGCCCUUGCGCAGUCCAGCUACAAUCCUGACCUGUUCCCGGACGCCCUCAUAGGGAAGCCGAAGGUCGACACAACCAGGGUGAUAACCGCUCCUAAAAAUAAUGGGACGCUUAAUGGGCCUCUGCGGUACAGUUCAGAGUAUGAGCAUGGUAAUGCACGAAUUGAGCUGGGGACUUUCGACAGAAGCGCAACGAUACGCACCAUCGGCAACGUCACUCAGAACGCCACUUCUACUAGCCGCCCUCUAACAGUGAGCACCCUCUCUUGA